AUGGUCACCCAGGUUUUGUCCUGUCCCAAUAACUUCCCAUUAAUGAGCCCCAACACCAAAAAAUCAGUCACCAACCCCUCUUUCAGGCACCUUCAGGUCUCUUCUUCUCCACUGAUGCACACUACCAAAAAAUGGUUGUUUAGCAUCAUGGUUAUUGAUACACGUGGAACACAUAAUAGAAAAGGUUAUACAGAGUGUAGGUGUAAGCUUAUGAAUCUCCCAAAGGACUUUUACAAUGUUACGACGGGCAUUAAUGGUCAAUUGUUGUCUAGAAAUUAUAAAGGAUGACUCUUUUGUUACUAAGAUAACGUACAAUGCAAAUUAACAAAUGAUUUUCGUGGCCCAACAAGAAAGCUUUCCCUAAGAUACAAAAUAAGUUGGGUUGAUUGGGAUGAACACCAAGCGCCUCUUAAGUUCUACAUACUUGAUUCAACUGAUCGUGUAAGAUCAAAUGGUUCUACAGCAAUUCAUGAUUGUCAGGCAGAGUAUACGAUCCCGAGAAAUCAUGACAGUGACUUUCCUCAUGUUAAGAAAGCAAACAUCCCAAUGAUAAAAGGUGGUUAUCUUAUAUAUGGCACUGCUCAUUUGCAUACUGGUGUUGUCAAUGUUACUCUAUAUGGACAAGAUGGAAGGGUUUUAUGCACUUCAAAUCCAAAAUACGGAACUGGAAAAGAAGCAGGAAAUGAAAAGGGUUACCUAGUUGGAAUGUCAGUUUGUUAUCCCAAACCCGGUUCCAUCAAGAUCGAAGAUGGAGAAAUUCUAACACUGGAAUCCAUAUAUGAAAACAAGUUUCAUACUGGAGCUUUGGGUCAUUUCUACAUUUACUUGGAAGAACAAAUACCAAACAAAUAUUUGAAGGAAAUUUGA